AUGUCCACAGAUCCCCCAAAUAUGGAUGUGCUCAAAGAAGAGCAUAUUGAAUCUGACGCCAAACCCGGCACAAGCGCCCGACGUGCCUCCGGUACCGCCAGGCGGUCGCGUCGUAAGAAGGAAGACGAACCCGGCACCAAAACAACCAAGAAGGACAAGGAACCCAAUACCAAGGAACCUAAAGAAGCCAAGGAAAAACCAGCUCGAGCUCCUCGUCGUCCACGAGAGAAAACGAAUAACAACACCUCACGAAAAAAGCCCAAGCUGGAGCCUGCAGUAGAGGCAACGGCUUCUGCUCCGGUAGUCGCCCGAAGCCCUCCAAACGCCCCUGUAGCGCAUCAGCCCGCUCAUUCUGCGAUACCUACUCAACCUACUUUACCUGCUCAAUCUGCCCCGACCUCUUACUCAUCUCCACAACCUCCUACGGUUCCUACAGCUCCAUAUCAGCUAUCGCAGCCCCCUCGCCCACAAUUGCAGUCACCAGCACCACAACAACCUCCCCAAAGAACGAGCGGACAAAACUUCGACCCGAUUCGCUCUGCCUUUGACAAUCCGUUCCCAGCACCGGCAUACAGUCCUCCAGCUCGCCCGGUCUCUCCUCGGAACGCUUAUCGCGCUAGUGCAUCGCCGGCGAUCUCGAGCAUCAUUGAUCCACCCUCCCAAACCUCACAAUCGGCCUACACCCCGCUACAACGCUCUUCCUCUGGCCAUGUAUCUGGCAUAUCUUCGCCGGUGCCGCCAAUGGCUUCCGCACCCUCCCAUCCGUCCCUAGCGCACUCACCUCUUCCGACCCCUUCUCCUUCUCAUGGCCUCUUGCACACCCCACAGCCAGUGUCUCAGUCCAGCCACUAUACCACCCCCUACCCACCCACAGAGCAGCGGCCGACGCCUUUGCAAACCCCCGCACCGGAGCCGUCUCCACCGGCAAUGCGCCAGCCUCAACCUCCCGCCCAAACGCAGCCCGAACCCACUGCGCAGCCGACUCCACCCAAGCAACAGCAAGCUGAAGCAAUGGAAGUCGACCCCAAGGGGCAACCCGCUGCCAGUGCCAAAAAGGAAAAGAGCACGGCUACUGCGCCGGCCUCAAAGGCUCCAUCUCCCAAAGCAGCUAAACCUGCCAAGGAAGCUCCUCAAUUGCCUCAGGGAUCUGGCUUGAUCACCAAUGCACUGUUCGGUGGCGUGGAUGAUUCCGCAAACCCAUCUGACUCGCGCACCACCCCCAAUAUCAUCGUUCAUAUCCCCCUGCAAAAGGGCAAUCAGAUUGUGAACUUUGCGCGAUUGGCAGAAGAGCAAUAUGGAUUUGCUGCCUUGCACCCUCGUCUUGCCGCGCACAAAGCACGUCUGGCCCGCGUGGCAGCUGCAAGCGCCGCGCUGGAACGCAAUGAUAAGAGUGCUAAAGGAAUUUCUGCCGGCGAGACCGACGAGGAUCUGAGCCUCGACGCAGAGCGUGAUAGCGAUGUAGAUGGUGAUGUCGCCAUGGGAGGUACUAGUGCAGGGACUAAUGGUGCGCCCUCGGAGGCUAGCGAUGGGAAGAAGAAGCGACGCAAGAAGGUUGAGGAGUACGACCGUGACGAUCCCUUCGUGGAUGACACCGAAAUGGUUUGGCAGGAGCAAGCUGCUGCCAGCAAGGACGGGUUCUUUGUCUACAGUGGCCCACUCGUGCCGGAGGGAGAGAAGGUUCAGGUGGAACGCGCCGACGGUACGAUCAAACGUGGCCGUGGUCGGGGUCGCGGAACAGGUCGCGGUCGAUCUGCGGCCUCCCACCCACACGUUCCCAUUGCAGCGGCCGUGCCCAUCUCUCAAGAUACUGGCUUACCAUUGCGUGGACCUGGCUCCCGCGGCGGCACUACGCGUCGUCCUCGCGGCAACAAGAAAGCCGACGGCGAGAAACACGCCAACGCUAGCACAGCUUCCGGUCGUGGCGGCAGCUCAGGCUCUAGUCGUGGUGGAAGCAACAGCGCCCGAGGUGGGAAAUCAUCCGCGUCAGUUCCGAUGCCGGACAUCGCUCCUUCGCCGUCGACCCCGAGCAUUGUCCCUGCGCCUCCUGGUCCUAGUCCGUUGGCAGGUUCGGAGCUUACGAUGAAAUAG